AUGGAGGAUCAUGACUUGGUGUCAACUCAAGGCCAUGAGGAACCUCAAACAACUCUCUUAUACAACCUCUCAGUCCUAAAAGAAAAGGUUCGUCAGCUUCAAUCCUUAGUUACCCUUAUCAUCACCCCGAACCAUGCUGAACAAGAGUCCGAUACCUCCGAAGCCAUCUCCAGCGCCGAUUUGCUUGUUCGGGAUCUCGUCUUCACAGCUUCUUCGACUAUCAAUGCUUUACAUCAACUCCAUGAUCUUAAUCUCAUCUCAAAGGUUUCUUAUGAUGAGUUAUCACAAGUGCAUACUGACCCCUUUCAUGCUACCAAUGCUACUACUCCUCAUCAUUUCUACUCAGCUAUUAAGAACACCGACCCGAUGCCGCAUGAUAAUUCUUCUUCGAUGGAAUCUGCUAUUAUCGAGUUAGAAGCUGGCGAUCUUUUAGCGAAGUAUACUCAUUACUGUCAAGUUUGUGGGAAAGGAUUCAGGAGGGAUGCAAACCUAAGAAUGCACAUGAGAGCUCAUGGAGAUGCAUACAAAAGCAAUGCUGCACUAAGCAACCCUAUGAAGAAUAUUAAUGCAUGCAGCGAUCAGGGUUAUAAUACUACGAAUAAUAAUGUUAUAAGAAAGUAUUCUUGUCCUCAAGAAGGUUGUAGGUGGAACAAGAAUCAUGCCAAGUUCCAACCAUUGAAGUCGAUGAUUUGCGCGAAGAAUCAUUAUAAGCGAAGCCAUUGUCCGAAGAUGUAUGUUUGCAAGAGAUGUAAUCUUAAGCACUUUUCGGUGCUUUCUGAUCUUCGGACACAUGAGAAGCAUUGCGGUGAUCUCCGGUGGCGGUGCUCUUGCGGUACAACGUUCUCGAGGAAGGAUAAGCUCUUCGGUCAUGUUGCAUUGUUCGUCGGUCAUUCUCCGGUCAUCAACCACAACAUCACUGGAAAAACAAACUGA